ACUUAAUGUUUUCUGACGUUUAGUGCUGCACCAGGUUGCACUUGUGCCCAAACUUGUUCGAUAGAGUCAAUUGGCUACUAUCAAUAUGCAGGCACUGCAGAACUGAGGGAAGUAAUUGCCAGACUGCUGUUUAAAAUGGUUUGACUUUUCCCGUCUUUAUGUUUGUGAUUAACCGAUCUCGCGUUGAUGCCACCAGUUCCUGAAAGUCCAUGACAUUCCAUUCUCGAUCCUGACAGUCACAGAGCUUACAAGAAACGAAUGUAAUAUUAGACCUGGUUUCCGUCGUUUGUGGUCGUGUCACAUCAGUGGUUGUUGGAAAUGUGUGACAAUAUUCAGUUAUUCUGUGGACUCUGUCGGAUUGGCGUGUACACGUUGUAUCGCCGACUGUGUUGCAAGAGCAGCCCGGAGACAAAGCCCAACUUCAAUGUGCUCUGCAUCGGGCUGACGGGGGCUGGGAAGAGUGCCCUACUGGCUCUGCUCAGCGGGGAUGAGUUUCACAACAUUCCACCCACCGUGGGUUUCAGUAUCAAAGCUCUGAUAUUUGAUGACUGCAUAUUGGAUGUGAAGGAAUUGGGAGGGGGAGAGAAUGUCCGUCCAUACUGGGACCGCUACUUCGAAGGCAGCCAAGGUAUGAUCUACGUAGUGGACAGUGCAAGUACGGAGGAGGACUUCGCUACAGCCAAGUCCGAGCUGGGCAAGGCGUUGUCCAACCAGUUCCUGCGAGGGCUGCCGCUCCUUGUCCUGGCAAACCACCAGGACGUAGAAGGUGCCAAGUCCGAGGCUGAGAUUGCUCGGUUCCUGGAGCUGUCGGCGGAGACGGGCAAGAGGCAGUGGAUGAUCCAGGCCUGCUCAGUGGUCAACAAGCUUCAGGUGGAAGCAGGAUUUGCUAAUUUAAGGAAAGUCCUUCUUGGAGGAAAAGUAACUGCAGCAGAAAAUUGUGCUUCAGAGACGAACCGAAUUUAGUCGUGAGACACUCGCCAUGGUAACCAUCGCUAGACAAGGUUCACCCACUGACAUGUGACCUGUCCCUUCUAUGCAAAUAAGAACCUUGUGUCAUGACAAGGUCCUAAACGUUUGUCUCCUGAAAUAUUGUAGAAGAAAUGAGACACUGGAAGAUUCUUUGAGAGAUUAUGACGUCCCUUUGCUUUGUGUCCUGAGUACUUUUAAGGCAUGCAUUUUUUCAAAUGAUUAUUGAGUUAAUGUAUUUCUUAGUUUUUUUACUACAUUUGAACUUGAAUCACUUGUUCUUUAUAAAAAGUUCAAACGAAUCUCAACUUGCUUUUCUUGUAAAUCAGAUUAAAUCAUAUGCAUGUGUUUUCUCGAAUAUAAAGAUUGAUUUCUUAAUUGUUUGUGAUAACCAAGUAUCAGUUAAUAUCAUCAUUUCCAAAAUGGACCCUAUAACUGUUUAACUGGAAAGCGACUUUGCAACCCAGUUUCAAACAUAUAACAUUGCAUUCACGUCUGUGGAUGAAGGUCACACUGGUGAGAAUGUUGAUAUCAACUCAUUUUUUAAACUCAGAUAACCUUUUAUGGAAACACAGUGUGAGAAAAUCAAUUCACCCAUAUUAUUUCCUGUUUGCAUAAUAACACAUGUAUCACCUGUCACUACCCUUGCUCCUGUGUACGAGGGGCUUCUCAAACUGGUUGACUGAAUUUGACCUCCGCAAUAAUGUCUUGUUUUAUCAAUAUCGAUCUCACCACACAUUUUAGGAACUUUAUACCUACCGGUAUAACACUUCCAAUAUUCCCUCCAGAAAUACUGGUAGAGCCUGGCUGGCAUUAUAAUCAAGGUCACAGAGAUCACCAGUAGUCAGAAUAUAAAAUUUAUUAACCUUAGAAAUGAUUCUGUAAGUUGCAAGUCCUGCUAAAUAAGUGAAGCAUUUCUUGCAUAUUCCAUAUUUAAUGAGAUAUUGUAAAAAUAAAAAAUCAGAUUUGUUGAUUUACAACUUUUGUUGCAUAUGAUCUUUCUGCUUCUGUGUUUUCAUAAGAUGCCAAGACAUUACCUGUUCGAUGUUGUCAAUACUAAACAAAACCUUUAUGAUUUAGCACCAGUUUUCAAGACUUGAACAGUGACUUCUUCACUUGCUAUAGGACAGCCGAUAGGACACCUUGAGCUAGUCAUUACACUGUGUAGUAAUCAUAUUUCAUUACGUGAUGUUUUCUACCAUUGUCAACAUUGUAGUUUUCUUUGUUUAAUUUUGGUGAUUUCCCCCAAAACAAGUCCUCAAAAAUGUGAAUGGCAUCAUUGUAGAAUCAUUUUUUUGGCAUAAGACAUGUUACAGUAUUCAUGUUUCACAUCUCAUGAAUUUAUUUGUUAAUAAUCAAAAGAAACAAACGAUGUAAAUAGAUUAAAAAAAUAUAUAUUUAUUUUUGCUAUCUAGCUACAUUAAAUGUGCCAAAUGUACUUGUCAGUAUAACAUGUGAUAUGUUGGAAAUAUUGCCAUUAUAAGUGUGUUGGUUUAGGAUGAUGUAUUGUGAACUUUAUAGUCACUAUCACGAUUAUGUGCAGCCCUGGUGUGAUAUUACACAGGUAUGAGAAACUAUGGCAAGCUAAUUCUUAGUUUUAUCUGAUUAAAGUUGAAACUUCCGUCAGAUAAUAGUACCUGGGACAAUCACUGAAGAAUGUAGAGUGACCAGAGUGACUCUCAAACUAACAGUGGCUGCCGAUUUGUCUCUGUAAUUCAUUGUAACUACCUGAGACUAUUGACGUACAUCUUCUCGAGGCAAGAGAGUUCACUGACUUUAAAAGUCCAGUUUUCACCCUUGCCGAACUAGGUUGGAAUUCCUGGGCUCAAACGUAGUGCCACCAGUGGCUAUUACGAGUUAAGUC